GGGGCCGCUGCACGCCCAAGGCGGAGGCCGAGCCGGGCCCCCGCGCGCCCCGGCGGCUCGCCGCGCCCACCCGCUCCGUGCCGAGGGCUGGAGGAUGAGUUCCGCGGGGUCCGGGUAUGAGGAUCCAAACCCUUGACCUUGGUGUUACAACACCACACUCUUCCGACUGAGAUUUAUGAAAAUAUGCAUCAGUUUAAUACUGUCUUGGAAUUCAUGAGAUGGAAGCAUAGGUCAAAGCCGUUUGGAGAGAAUUGGAAGUAUAGUUUUAUCUAGCCACAUCUCUGAGAGCUCAGGAGAAAACAGUGGAAGUUGGAGUCAUUGUCAAGUGAUCGUGGCCUUUUACAAGAGAAUCUCAUUGAAUAAAAGUAAUUUAAAUUAGCAAAAUAAUAGGACCAGUUAUUAAAGGUGACAUUGUACAGGAAACAUUAAAAUUGAACAAUGACUCAGCUAUAUAUUUACAUCAGAUUAUUGGGAGCCUAUCUAUUCAUCAUUUCUCAUGUUCAAGGGCAGAAUCUAGACAGUAUGCUACAUGGCACUGGGAUGAAAUCAGACUCUGACCAGAAAAAGUCAGAAAAUGGAGUAACCUUAGCACCAGAGGAUACUUUGCCUUUUUUAAAGUGCUAUUGCUCAGGACACUGCCCAGAUGAUGCUAUUAACAACACAUGCAUAACUAAUGGACAUUGCUUUGCCAUCAUAGAAGAAGAUGACCAGGGAGAAACCACAUUGGCUUCAGGCUGUAUGAAAUAUGAAGGAUCUGAUUUUCAGUGCAAGGAUUCACCAAAAGCCCAGCUACGCCGGACAAUAGAAUGUUGUCGGACCAAUUUAUGUAACCAGUAUUUGCAGCCUACACUGCCCCCUGUUGUUAUAGGUCCAUUUUUUGAUGGCAGCAUUCGAUGGCUGGUCGUGCUCAUUUCUAUGGCUGUCUGCAUAAUUGCUAUGAUCAUCUUCUCCAGCUGCUUCUGUUACAAACAUUAUUGCAAGAGCAUCUCAAGCAGACGUCGUUAUAAUCGUGAUUUGGAACAGGAUGAAGCAUUUAUUCCAGUAGGAGAAUCUCUGAAAGACCUUAUUGACCAGUCACAAAGUUCUGGGAGUGGAUCUGGACUACCUUUAUUGGUUCAGCGAACUAUUGCCAAACAGAUCCAGAUGGUUCGGCAGGUUGGUAAAGGCCGAUAUGGAGAAGUGUGGAUGGGUAAAUGGCGUGGAGAGAAAGUGGCAGUCAAAGUGUUCUUUACCACUGAGGAAGCUAGCUGGUUUCGAGAAACGGAAAUCUACCAGACUGUGCUAAUGCGCCAUGAAAACAUACUUGGUUUUAUAGCAGCAGACAUUAAAGGUACAGGUUCCUGGACUCAACUCUAUUUGAUUACUGAUUACCAUGAAAAUGGGUCUCUCUAUGACUUCCUGAAAUGUGCUACACUAGACACCAGAGCCCUGCUCAAGUUGGCUUAUUCAGCUGCCUGUGGUCUGUGCCACCUCCACACAGAAAUUUAUGGCACCCAAGGAAAACCUGCAAUUGCUCAUCGAGACCUGAAGAGCAAAAACAUCCUCAUCAAGAAAAAUGGAAGCUGCUGUAUUGCUGACCUGGGCCUUGCUGUUAAGUUCAACAGUGAUACAAAUGAAGUUGAUGUGCCUUUAAAUACCAGAGUGGGCACCAAACGCUACAUGGCUCCAGAAGUGCUGGAUGAAAGCCUGAAUAAAAACCAUUUCCAGCCUUACAUCAUGGCUGACAUCUAUAGCUUUGGCCUGAUCAUUUGGGAAAUGGCUCGUCGUUGUAUCACAGGAGGGAUAGUGGAGGACCACCAGCUGCCCUAUUACAACAUGGUGCCCAGCGACCCGUCGUACGAAGACAUGCGUGAGGUUGUGUGUGUCAAACGUCUGCGGCCACUUGUGUCUAACCGGUGGAACAGCGAUGAAUGUCUACGAGCAGUUUUGAAGCUAAUGUCAGAAUGCUGGGCCCACAAUCCAGCCUCUAGACUUACAGCAUUGAGAAUUAAGAAGACACUUGCCAAGAUGGUUGAAUCCCAGGAUGUAAAGAUUUGACAGUUAAACAGUUGUGAGGAGAAAUUCUAGACUGCAAGAACUGUUUUUACCCAAGGAACGGGUGGAAUUAGAGUGGAGUGACGAUGUUAGUUGGUUCUCAGACUCUGUCCUCACUACACCUUCACAGGCUGCUAAUGUUAAACCUUCAGUACUCUGUAGAAUACAAGCUGGGAACUUCUAAAUACUUCAUUCUUUAUAUAUGGACAGCUUUAUUUUAAAUGUGGUUUUUGAUGCCUUUUUUUUUUUUUAUUGGGUUUUUAUGAACUGCAUCAAGACUUCAAUCCUGAUGAAUAAGUCUCCAGUCAAACUCUGGGUACUGAAUUGCCUGUUAGUAAAACGGUGCUUUCUGUGAAAGCCUUAAGAAGAUAAAUGGGUUCAGCAGAGAUGGAGAAAUAUAUGCUUUUGCCUUCUACCUGAGAAAAUGUAAUCUGUUUGUAUUCUGCCUUUGUAAAACAGCCUCUAGAUUAUGCUGUGUUUGGGAUACUGCUUAGUUUACCGUAGUUUGUCAUGCCUUCCUUGGUAAUGGGAGGUGUGUGUGUACGUGCACACCGGGCUUCCUCUGCUGCCAUUUGAAGAACAUGAUUUGUGAAUGCACAGGAAGAUAUUGGUGGCUGGUGGUUUUGUGCUUUAAAAAUGCAGUAGCUGACCAAGAUUUGCCAAUCUCAUAAAAGCCACUUACCUUGCAAGUGACAUAGCCCCACCAACUUUAUGUUUUAGAAUAAAAGUUGAUACAAAGGCCAAAAGAAAUUUUAAAUGUCUGUAAAUUUGGACAGUUUUCCUUCCACCACCGUCUUUUUUUUUUUUUUUUUCUUUUUGUAACUUUUCCUUUUUUCGUGAAAAGUAUCCUAUCCAAAGAUGGAACUUUCAAUGCCAUGAACCAAGCUUAUAAAGAAAACACUUCUUAUUGAAGUGAAUUACUGCACUUGAUAGCUAUGUAAGUGCCUAUAACCGUGUUCUGUAUUCUUUAUUCUCAGUAACUUUUAAAAGGGAAGUUAUUUAUAUUUUGUGUGUAAUGUGCUUUAUUUGCAAAACACCCGCUCCUUUACAACCAUAUUUUAUAUAUGUACAUACAUGCAUACUGUACAAACCAGCUCACAUGUACCUCACAUACCAUCCUUAAGGGAAAAAAGUGAUAUAAAGUAGAAUUACAUAUGAAUUUUCAAAAUUAAUGCAUUCAAAGUAAUAUAUCAAUUUCAGGACUUUGUUAACUUCAGGCAAAAACCUCAUUAAGAUAAUAUCAACUCAAUUUUCCUUUACGAAAGAAUUCUCUAAUUAGAAGUUUAUAUCAGAGCUGAUACAAGUUUAUCAACUGUUAAAUAUGUUUCAGACAUCUAAAUUAUUUGAGAUUCUUUGUUUUAUGAUUUCCCUAACUUGUAAAGACAAUGAAAAGUCAGCAGAAAAGUUUAGUGUCUAGUCAGUAUCUGUAUCUCCACUGUAUAGCUGUUUGGGUUAUUCAGUAAAAUGAUAUAUAUUUUAUAGAUGCCUUGUUAUCCCAAGUAAUAAUUUUGAUUUACUUAAACUUAUUACACUUCUGUAAUGCCUUUUAAAUAUUAAUCUCUUAUUCUGAACAAAAGAACUCAUGAGUGCGAGUGAGACAGUUUUCUUUGAAUAUAAAAUGUGAUUGUAUCACAACCUAAUCAAAAGGGUUUAAAUGAGGAAAUUAGAGCAUAUAUCCAUUUAUUACCAAAACUUCGUGUUGUUAUUUAAGGCUAAAACUCUUACAUAUUUGUCUAUACAUCAAAUGUAACAGACCUGAAACUUGCCUUGACCAUUUUGAUUAAGUUUAAUAGGUUUCAUCUAACAUAAUUAAAGUUUGAAGUAUUCAUCAACUAAAUUUGCAUAUCGAUAAUACCCAAUAACUUGGCUUUUUUUUUUUUUUUUUUUUUGUCUUUUUCGUGACCGGUACUCAGCCAGUGAGUGCACCGGCCAUUCCUAUAUAGGAUCUGAACCCGCGGCGGGAGCGCCACUGCGCUCCCAGCGCCGCACUCUCCCGAGUGUGCCACAGGCUUGGCCCUAACUUGGCUUUUUCAGAAUGUUUUCCCCAUCUGUAUUCUGAGAAUCAGAUAUUUUAAUCAAAAUUUGCCAUGUGAUUUGAGAACACUUAUGAGAUCUGAUUUACUUUGUCUAAGUUAACCUUGAUUUAUUUUUGGCUUGAUAAACUAUAAAUUUGUCAUUUUAAUAAUAAGGAAAGUAUGUAAGGAAAGGCAAAUUUUAUUCUCAGAAAUAUUAAUAUGGUAUGUGGAAGCAAAAAAUUACAGCUAAUAUAUGGAACCACUAUAAUGAUUAUUUCUUUCUUUUUUUUUUUUUUUAAAAGAUGACCGGUAAGGGGAUCUUAACCCUUGACUUGGUGUUGUCAGCACCACACUCAGCCAGUGAGCGAACCGGCCAUCCAUAUAUGGGAUCCGAACCCGGGGCCUUGGUGUUAUCAGCACCGCACUCUCCCGAGUGAGCCAUGGGCCGGCCCCUAUAAUGAUUAUUUCUAAAUAAUUUGGUCUAGUAAAAGUGUUAUCAAGAAUUAACCUUAGAAACUUAUUCACUAAAAACAUUUUCUAGUAUAACAUGUUCCUUAAAAAGCAGAUGUUGCCAUAUUUGGAAUCCUAAGAUCUAAAAAGUUUGCAUGAAACUUAUUUUCUUCUCUUCUGUCACUCUUACUCGUAAGUUUGAAGUUCAUCCAGAAAGUGAAAUACUUAAAGAAGAUGGCAGACCAGUAUAAGGAAGUAUUAUUAUGUAGUAGCAUAGUUGAUAAUUUGUAAAACCCUGGACGCCAUUAUUUGGUUCCACUUACAAUUUAGUGUUUUUAAAAUGUGUGGCUUAUAGCAGUUAUUCCUCUAAUUAAAACAUAAAAACAAACAAACAAACAAAAAAACAAAACCUUGAAUGUAAACAGCAAAAGUUAACCCCGAAUGUAAACAGCAAAAGUUCACCCCCAAAGAAGAUUCUCCUUAGAAUUCUCUUUACGCUGGUAGGUAUCUCUAGGAUUAAAGGCACAUUCAGGUUUGCUUAAGUUUGUUUAUUCUAAGCUUUUACUGUGCUUCUUAUUGAACAGGUUUCUGAAGAAUAAAAUUUGAAUCUGAUUUCUCUGGAAAUAUUUUUACAAAAGAUAUUUUAAUCAGCAUGUUAUGUUGCCUUUUCAAUGUCCAGAAGUGCUUCUAAACUUAGAAAGUGAUCUAUAUAGUUUUUGAAAAUUGUUUCCCUAGAACGUGCCAGAUUUUUUAUUCACUCUAACAAAUAUUUAAUACCUUUUUUCAGAUGCUUUGUUUCUGUUUAAAAGGAAAAUGCAGUACAGUUUUUAAAGAUUGUGCAUCUCUGAGUUGGCCCAAGAUAAAAGUUGAUAUUGAAUAAUUUAUUCCAGGGCAAAUUUUAUACAUUAAAGCAGGUUGCUUUUCAUAAAUGUUGUUUUGAAAUGUUUCUAAAUAUCUAAAAUAAUCUUAGCAGCAGAAAUAGAUUUUUUAAAAAAAUUGCUGUAGCCCUUGUACUGUUUAAAAGUGAUAAUAUUUACUUUUUGACUUGGAUCAGAUGUUAAAAUAGCAGUGUUGUAGCUCAUCUCGCCUCGGUGCUGUUGUGAGAGUCAGGGUGGAAACUGCAGAGGAGAUGUGUUCAUAGGAACCAAAUACUAUCUAUAGGGCAACAUCAUGUGGAGCCAUGUGUAAUGAUCAUCCCAUAAGGAAAGUGUGAAUGCAGCUUUUGCAAAGGAUUCAAUAUAUUAUUGUAAUUUUAGCUUGUGCUUUGUACUCUGCUUUCAAUGGGAUUAUUUAAGCCGUUUUAGUGACCUUUGUCCUUGCCCAUUUAAAAACUAAAAUGUAGUAUAUAUUGUAUAAAAUUAAAAUGUCAUUAUAGCUUAAUUAGGGAAACUGUACAUAGGCAUUGAAAGAAGGGUUAAAAACAAGCAGUUUUAUUAUGCAAUUGUAAAACACCAAAAAUAUUAGAUUCAUCUUUGAUAUGUAACACACUAAAUGUAUUUUGUACAGCAUCUGGUUUAAAAGGUGCCUUAUUAAGUUUACCAUUAAUUGCUUUGUUCUAUUUACAGAUUAUGUUCAAUGUAUCAUUUUUAAGUAAAUAACCUUAUUUUAGUAUACUUUAGUGAUGUGUUUUGUGAUACUGUACUCCAACUGUAUUGUUUAUCAGAAGUCAUCUCGUAAAAUUUUAAAACAAUUAUGUCAUUGUACAUGCAUAUGUUCCUGAGAUGUGAUUUCAGCCUCCAGAAACCCAGUGUGGGGCACAGGUAGGUAAGUGACCAUGCACUCUGGCCUUUGUGUAGAUAGAGAAGUUAUAAACCUAUUACAGUGAAGGGUUUUUUUCUUUUAAAAACAAAACAAAAAAUGCUUCCUGUUUAUAAAAAUAUGUACUCAUGGCAGAAAUUUUGGGAAACACAGGAAUAAAGAAACAAAUAAAAAUCACUCAAUUCUA